UGAAAUACAUGCAUAUAUAACUAUCAAAAUAAAAUUGUUUUUAUUUCGGUUUGAUAUUACAUUUUCAUAUUCAUUUUGAUUGCUUAAUGUUCCGAUAAUUUCAAGACAUCAAUUUAGAAAAUAAUUUUUUCUGGAAACUGAAAAUGUUCAAGAAGUUUGAUGAAAAAGAUCAUGUCUCUGGUGUUACACAGCUAAAAUCAUCUGUCCAGAAAGGUAUUCGAACAAAGCUCCUUGAUCAAUUUCCUUACUUAGAAGAUUACAUGAAUCAAAUUCUUCCUAAAAAGGAAAAUCUGCGAGUUGUGAAAUGCCAUGAUCACAUAGAAAUUAUUGUAGGAGCCAAUGGAGAAUUACUUUUCUUUCGACAAAGAGAAGGCCCUUAUUUCCCUACCUUAAGGCUUUUACAUAAAUAUCCCUUUAUAUGCCCUUGGGAACAAGUAGACCGUGGAGCAAUUCGGUUUGUACUAAGUGGAGCAAAUAUUAUGUGUCCAGGUCUAACUUCUCCUGGUGCAAAAAUGACACCUGUUCCAAAAGGCUCUGUUGUUGCUAUUAUGGCAGAAGGUAAAGAACAUGCUCUUGCUGUAGGUUUAACAUCUCUGUCUACUGAAGAAAUAGCAAAAGUAAACAAAGGCAUUGGUGUAGAAAAUAUACAUUAUUUAAAUGAUGGUCUAUGGCAAAUGAAACCUGUAAAAUAAAAGAAACAUGUGUUAUAAAUUUAUUGCAUGUAAAAUAAAAUUUAAAGAUUUUGUAUGA